CCAUGGCAGGAAUGAGGAAACUGAUGCCACUUGUUUCCCAGCAGUGAUCUGUUUUAUUGUUCCGUGUUGAGAGCUGUCAAUCAAAACAGUUUAUUGAGACUGAAGAUGCCAACAUGGCAUUGCAAAACAUUUUUUAAGUUCAUAGACAGACCGAAUGAGGAUGGAGGAAGAAACUGACAAAACAGCCCCACACCCCAAAGGGUUGAAGGUGUGAGUGUAGCAGGUUUACAUUCUGCAGAUUCCUCAGCGUUCUGAUAAACUACAUAAAGACACUUUGAGCAGUGACAGUCAUCAGCUGCUGCAUCCUCUGUUUCAGUCAACACCUCAGCAAAGAUGGCAUCAGGAUUUCAUUUUGCUCUGUUGCUCUGUGUGACCAGCGGACUGCUGUCUGCAGCUUCUUGUUGUGAAGAAGACAAAAAGAAGGAUUGCCCAGCUUCCUGCCCUGACGGCUGGACUCGGUUCGGCUCUCGCUGCUUCAUGUUCCACUUCACUCUGAAGACCUGGAUUGAAGCAGAGAAAACAUGCCAGUCCUUCAGUGGGAAUCUGGCUUCGGUCCACAGUGUUGAGGAUCAUACCUUCCUCUACGAGCACAUUCGCAGAGUUGCUGGUGCCAACAAACGUACCUGGAUUGGAGGCUUUGAUGCUGUGAAGGAGGGCAUGUGGCAGUGGUCUGAUGGAACCCCAUUCGACUACACACGCUGGUCUCCAGGGCAACCGGACAAUUAUCACAAUAAGGAGCACUGUUCCGAUAUGAACUGGAUCAACAACUUCUGGAACGAUCUGCCUUGUACCCAUAAAUUAUCUUUCGUGUGCUCCAAAAGUCUGUGAGGCGUCUUGCUGCAGCGCAUCUAUAAUCUCUUUGGUUCAGCAAACACUUGAUUCAUUCUCACUUGAUUUAUUAUCUGAUAAGUUUUAAACACAGUCACCUCUGAGUUUUACAUUUAGAAUAACUGACUCACUCAGCUGGACAAAUAUAAAUCACUAAUUUGACUCUUAUUCUGGUAAAUUAUACCAAAUACAGGAAACAUUGAAAUACUCAAACAUCUUUUCCAUUAUAGUUAAUUGAAAAAUGUCUGUUAUCAAACAACUUCACACUUCAAGCUGAUCUGAUGGAAAUAUUAAAGGGUCAGCUGUUCAGAAUGAUCCCAGUCUCAUGUCUCUUACCCAAAAUAUCAAACUAGAUUAGCUUAGCAUAAAGACUGGAAACAGAUGGACACACCUAGUCUGGCUCUGUCCAAAGGAAACAAAAUGCACCUACCAGACAUGAGAGGUGACGGUCUUCUCAUCCCAAAUGUUCCAAAAUAUUCCUUUAACCAAAACUGAGUGAAUUAGAAAGUAAAGGUCCAGAAUCUGUCAGAGCUGUAGACCUUCUGUGUGACAAGAGGAGAACUCACGACUGUGGUUACACUGUACAAUAACUAUUUGUUGGCUUUUAAUCCUUUGUG